AAUUCCCAAUCCCACAGCCCAUAGGUAAUAAACGAAAUAGGCCCAAAUAUAAAAUACCCGAUCCAAUCAAUACAAACUAGGGUUCUUCACUCUGUGCCAUUCAUACGGUUGGUGUCGAUUGAUUGUUCUAUCCAGGAGCUGUUUUGUCUGCAAUCUUCAAGCGCUCUUCUUGAUUAUAUUCCAUCAUUAUGGAUGCUCCGAAUGAACUGAGCUACAAACCACCCCCAGAAUUUGAGGAGGUCAAAAAGGAUUCACUUAUCAAUCUUAACAUUAAAGACUCAACUGAGCUCUGGCUUAUACAAUGGCCCUUAAAUCAACAUCCAGAUUUCAAUGGGCAAGAAGUUUCGUUGAAGCUACAUCAUGAUGGGAAUAUGGGCAGCUUUGAGGAUACAUCUGGUAAAUCAUAUGAUGUGGUCAGUUGUAGAGCGCAGGACCCAGAUGCGAUGGUCUUUCUAUCUUCUGAGUCAGAGCCAAAAAUUGCUGGCAAAAUUUCACGGCGUGUUUCCCUUAUCCAUUACCCGGAGCCAAGCGAGCUUAAACAGAACAGCAUAAACUUGAAGCAGACGAUGUCUCAAAGAUCGUCUGGUGCUACUACAUUGACCAAUUCGUCUCGUCGCUUUGCAACUCCUACUCAAAGUACUAGGACACGGAGUAUUAUGAGAGCAGGGAGUUCAUCCAAAUCUACCAAGAGAAAACACAGUGAUGCCCCUUCGAAAUCCAAUGGCCAAUCUAUUCAAGAUUCAGGAAAAAGCGGUCUUAGUGCAUUGACUUCUUCAGGGUCCUUUGAUCAAUCUCAAGAUCAAAAAUCAAAGAAGAAAAGGAAAAUUGAUGGUUGAAGUAUUGGCUUAAGUGUUUUUGCGACUCUUUUACAUUAGUUGUAGAAAAAAAAAAUAUGAGGUUCUUGCCCCAAAGCUAGUGUGCCUUUUAAUGAUUUUUAUUUUAAGUAUAUGUUUUGAUCUGCUUAUUUUUUAUGAGUUUAAUCCCCAAUGGAAUUUCCAUACAGAUGAAAGCUGUCUGUUGAAAAAAUGCAGGAAACUAGGAAUUCUUUGUGCAAUUGCAUGGAUGAGACCAAUACUUCCUCAAAUAUCGAAUGUUAAAUA